AUGGACACAUUUAUUGAACUAUCUUUUGAGGGCAGCUCUGACGAUGAAGAAGAUGUAGUUGAUGUGCAAGAUAAUUACUUUCCUGCAGCAGGCGAAUCUUUCGAUUCAGGGCAAAUAUACUUACCCAACGUUCCAAUAAAGAUAAAAAUAACGCAAGUUUAUUGGACGAGUAAAUUCAACUAUAUACGGGAUCGUGUUCGAAGUCCCAGUUUUUCGCAACACAUAGUCGAUGAUGCAACAGUGGCAAGUGAAGAACCGGCGUCAGUGGGAACUUCAGGCAAAGUUCCCAGCCGUUAUGAAAUCACCGUCCACCAUGAACCGUACGAAUGGAAAAUCAUGAAGACAUACAAUGACAUUUUUGCUUUACACAGAGAAAUUGCUUUUGAUCAAGUUAAACGGCGUGUUAAACGUGCCACAAGAACUGUUAGAUCGCGCUUUCACCUUGCACCACCUACGGAGUCGCUUACGAAACGUCGAUUGUCUGUAUUUCCCAAACGAUGGAUCCUCACUGUUCCAGAAGAGGGUAUGGCGCAACGCACAAAGCUAUUGGAGGAGUAUCUCCAAUCGAUCGUUGACUGCAAGCCGCUUCGCUAUCUGGAAGGCGUGCGCUUGAUCUUAUGUACUUAUUUUUGUUCCUAUUGCAGAUGGCUUGUCCUUAAGGAUUCUUACUUGGUGAUGUUGAAGCCAAGUAAAUUGAAUCAGCAGAAGGCCCUGCGCUCAAGUCAGCAAGAUGACAACCUCACGUCCAGUCAAUCAACUCUGCAGACCUUUGUAACCACAAGGAAUACAGAGGAGCCACAUCUCAUGCACCACCAACCGAAGACUGUGCGUCGAUGGUACCAUCGCAACAGACGCUGGCGCUUCUGCAAGGUCAUCCUCAUGGACCAGUUAUUCAAAUACUCAACUGAACACAGUGCUGCUGGCACUAUCUUGAGCAUCAAGAAUAUGCAUUACGAGAUGCAGUUACGAACACAGAGACCCAAUGAUUGGGUAGCUGAAAUGACCAAGGUCAUCAGUCGGACUGCUGCACUGGACUACGUGCAAAUUAAUCGCAAUGACUCUUUUGCUCCCGUCCGCAAGGAUGGACAAAUACUUCUGUGCAUCGACGGUGCCUCCUACAUGGAUGCCGUGGCGAACGGAAUUGAGCGAGCGCAGCAUGAGAUCUUCAUCACUGAUUGGUGGCUCUCGCCUGAGGUCUUUCUCAAACGUCCUGACGGUGGUGACAAAUGGCGGCUAGAUUUCCUACUCAAGAGGAAGGCGGAAGAGGGUGUACGAAUAUGCAUUCUAAUAUACAGAGAGGUUCCGCAGGCACUAACAAUCAAUAGUAAGCAUACAUCAAGUUGGUUGUCGAGCCUCCAUCCAAACAUCCACGUAAUAAGACAUCCUGACCACAUUCGUGAUAUGGUGCUACUAUGGUCGCACCACGAGAAGUUGGUCGUAAUUGACCAGUCUAUCGCCUACAUGGGAGGCAUUGACCUUUGCUACGGACGCUGGGACCGACAGGAUCAUCCGUUAAUUGAUCUGGAUAAGUCCAAGCCUUACAGAAGAAAGCAAGUCCAGCUGCAAGACGCUGCAAAAUCAGCAAUUGUGGCACUGAUGCCUGUCAUGCCGAUGGUAUCGAUAGAAGCAGAGGAACCGAUAAGCCGGAAUUCGCAUCGUAGCGACUCCCUUAGCGUAGUCGUCACUGACGUACCGCAGGAGGAGGUGGAUCGUGACCGACGAAAGCGACAUGGCUCCCCCACUUCCCCGUUUUCUGAGGGUCGCCUCAAUUUCGCCGCCCUUGCAAACAUCUCCAUGGUAGCUCACAACUGGAGACGACAGGUUGGACAUAAUGAAGAUCUCGAGCCAGGAAUUAAAGUCAUGCCAGACGGUCAAAUGGGCUUCCGCUCUUCGAUGCGUACUCGCAAGAGCGUACGUCGACAUCGUAGCCAUGGUGAAGACGGCGGAGGGCCUGGUGGAGGGAAUUUGGAGAGUGGUGAUGAGCUGGAGCCCACCAUGGACAUCCAGAUUCCUAAUAUUGGUCGCCUCCAGGUGCCAAUUGACGCGUCCCGUGGCGACUUUCAACAUGGCGCCGUCGACCACCGUCAUCAAGAUCCAGAUCAACGUCCUCGCCGCUUAUCCUCAGUAGUCCCCAAACGAAUGGCGGAGUUUGCCCGACGGCGCUCCCGUAGCCAAUCUGUGUCUCCACCUUGCGAAGUUCCCAAUCGCACUGAUACUGAUCUCAACCGCAGACCUUCAAAACCACGUAAAUCACGUUUCUCCACCGCUGAAAUAAGUAAUGGGAUCCAAAACUUGUUCUCUAGAGUUGGUUCUCAGCGCAGACGCUCACCAGUGCCAAAAUUGCCCGAAUCGGAUUCCGAUGAAUCUGAUGACAUAGAGUUUGUAAAUUUGGGCUACUACAAACGUCGGCAAACUAAAGCGCCGUUCUCCAAACUUCGUGCGGGACACGAAGCCACACCAGUUUAUGAAUUCAGAGAGGAUCCCACCGCUUUCGAUGAAGAGUCUAAGCUUGCUGAACUUUCUCAUCGUUUCCUGUUUGUUGGCAAGGACUACGAAAACUGGCUUUUCAAAGAUGCCGACGAUCUUCAUCUCCCAGAGGAGGAUCGCAUCGACCGGACUGAAAUGCCACGAAUGCCCUGGCACGACGUCGGUUGCGUAGUUACGGGUUCAGUUGUCUCCGACUUCGCUCGACACUUCAUCCAGCGCUGGAAUGCCACCCGCCUGCGGAAAGUGAAGCGACGACGGGCGAGCAACAAGCUUCCAAUACCACCAAUGUUACUUCCAUCACCGCCCUGCGAUCCGUGGAAGCAGAUAGGCAUAGCAGCAGUAGGUGGAAGACGACACGCUCACCCCGUCCAGAUGCAAGCGUUGCGCUCCGCCAGUCGCUGGUCCCUCGUGGUCAACCGCGGAGGGGGUACAGGCGGUGAAAACGAUUUCGCCUACGAACCCAACAACCUCAACAUCACUCCCCAGUUUACUGAGCGCUCCAUCCACAACGCUUACAUCGAGGCCAUCCGCAACUCCGAGCACUAUGUCUACAUUGAAAAUCAGUUCUUUGUUAGCUGGCUCAACGAGAAAACCAUGGAACAGGACAUUCAAAGUGCCAACAGCAAUAAUAGCACCAGUCCUGCGGGCCUUGAGACCGAAUUACAGCCCUGUCUGGUCAAAAACACCAUCACUCAGGCUCUCUAUGAUCGAAUCUUGCGUGCCCAUAGGGAGAAAAAGCCCUAUCGGGUGUACAUAAUCUUGCCCCUGUUGCCCGGAUUCGAAGGUGACGCAGGCUCUAGAGACAAGGGAACGUCGAUUCACUACGAGCUGCUUUUCAUCCGAAAGAGCCUCUUCUACGGUCCCACAGCUCUCAUUCCCCGACUCAGGUUUUUCAUCUCAAAUCCCAAGGAUUACAUUAGCGUCUGCGGCCUUCGCACCUACGAGACCUGGCCCGACGGUCGCUUGACGACAGAAUUCAUUUACGUACACUCCAAGUUGAUGAUUGUGGAUGAUCGCAAAUUGAUAAUUGGAUCAGCUAAUAUCAAUGACCGUAGUAUGCUCGGUUACCGCGAUAGUGAGCUGGCUUUAGUGGCGGAAGACGUACCUGAGAUGGGAUCACUGCAGGAAGCCACGUUUGCUGGAAAGAAGGUGUUUGUGGGCAACGUGGCUCGACGCUUUCGCAAGUCCCUGAUGGCUGAGCAUCUUGGCGUGCUGACGAAAGAGUCGCGGGAAAAUAUCGAUUGGAACCACGAACUCCUCAACGAUCCCAUUUGUGACGAAUUCUACCACAAUGUUUGGUGCCGCAUUGCCGAAAGCAACAUGAAACUUUUUGAUGAGGCCUUCAGUUGUGUACCUUCAAAUAACAUGGAUUCCUUCGCGAAGGUAGACAUGAUACGCAGCGAAGAACCUCUGUACAAGCGCGAUCCAAAGAAAGCCGAAAAACUUGUUGAAGGCAUUCGUGGACAUCUGGUAAGCUUCCCUGAUGAAUUUCUUUGCGAAGAAGACCUCUCACCACCGCAAGUCUCCAAAGAGAAUGUCCUCGUCACGAUAGUUUGGACAUGA